AUGGCCAAAUUUUGCUGGGAAAUAUGUGAUCAACGUUGCGGACAUCCGGCAGUGCCAGCCAACGCGAGGGUGUCUUUGCCCAUUGACACAAACAUUGUCCCGGGCACUGUGGCCACAUUUGAAUGCGAUGAAGGGUAUGAGCUGUUCGGACCGCAUCAAAGAGAGUGCACAUUGAGAGGCGAUUGGACCGCAGAGCCACCGUUUUGCGGUACAAACGUGGCCUUCAGAAAACCUGCGAAUCAAUCCACAACAGUGCGAGGUGGUAGCGCGAGCAACGGUAAUGAUGGUGAAAAAACGACAGAACAUGAUGGCAAGAGGUGCACGGAAACUCAGCGUGAGGCCUCUCCCUGGUGGCAAGUAGACCUCCUCCGACACUAUGCCGUCAAAGUCGUCAGAGUUACGACCAGAGGUUGCUGUGGUCACCAGCCACUACAAGACCUCGAGAUACGAGUGGGGAAUAGCAGCAGUGAUUUACAAAGAAAUCCCCUAUGUGCCUGGUUUCCCGGAACUAUUGACGAAGGAGUAACGAAGACAUUCACUUGUGCUCGGCCUCUGAUCGGGCAACAUGUAUUCCUGCAACUUGUCGGAGUCGAAGGCUCGCUAUCAUUAUGCGAAGUCGAGGUCUUUACAACAGAAGAAUUCUCGAACGACCGAUGUGCACCCAAGGGAGCGUCAGCGGAUAUAGAACUUGCAGCGUUUUCAAGAAACUGCUACGAGUUCAAUGUCGCUAAAGGCGCAUCAUUCGAAGACGCAAGAAGACAGUGCCAGGCGCACGGCGGCGACCUCAUACAUGGAUUUCAAGGCGCAACGUCGAGUUAUCUCAUUCAGGAAUUAGAACGGCGAAAAUCGCAAUUGAAAACUCAACUAGUUUGGAUAGGAGCUCAGAAAGAGCCUGGGCUCACUUCACGAACUUGGAAAUGGGUUGAUGGCGAAACAGUAUCGAAGCCAGCCUGGGGUAAAGACCAGCCAAACAACUAUAACGGAGAACAGAACUGCGUAGUGCUGGACGGCGGACGCGCCUGGCUGUGGAAUGAUGUGGGCUGCAACCUCGACUACCUGCACUGGAUCUGCCAGUACCUACCGCCUUCAUGUGGAAGUCCUGAUAAACUUUUGAACACGACUAUCGAAGGAAGUAGUUACCUCGUAGGAUCUUCUAUAUCUUACAAGUGUCCAGACGGGCACAUGUUAAUUGGAGACAAAACUAGAGAGUGCAAGAAAGAUGGAUUCUGGUCUGGUGUAGCCCCUAGUUGUAAAUAUGUGAAUUGCGGUGGACUAACUCCAAUUCAAGACGGGGACGUCAAUUUAGUAGACGGUCGAACUACUCAUGGCGCCCGCGCCGUUUACUCAUGCAAAGAAAACUACACACUCGUUGGGGAAGAAGAAAGACUUUGUGGAGACGAGGGUAUAUGGGAAGGGGAGGCCCCUAAAUGUUUGUUUGACUGGUGUCCGGAACCACUACCAGUGUCCGGGGCGACAGUGACUGUUAGCGGUCAUAAAGCUGGCUCCCUUGCAACAUAUACUUGUCAAAAUGGAUUCAUUCUCUUUGGAGCACCAAGCGUUACUUGCAAUCUUGGCGGGGUUUGGUCUGGUACCCCACCGUCGUGCAAAUAUGUAGACUGUGGCACACCAGCUCAAGUACACAAAGGAUCAUUCAGAUUGCUCAACGGUACCACCACGUAUGGAUCCAUUGCACAGUUCAGCUGUGAGUCGGACUAUUGGCUCGCUGGAGCAGAAAUCCUGAGCUGUAAUAGAGAUGGGAAAUGGUCUCACGACAUUCCAUCCUGUGAACUGAUAUCAUGUCCUGAUCCCGAAGUGCCCGCAGGAGGGUACAUGGAGGCUUACGAUUACAACGUACAUUCGACGAUCGAUUUUCACUGUGAAAAAGGGCACAAGCUUGUUGGUGAGCCAAACCUAACGUGUCAGCCUGACGGCGAGUGGUCCGGAGAGUCGCCAAAAUGUGAAUAUGUAGACUGUGGCAAGCUGCCGCCCCUACCAUACGGCUCAGCAGACCUAUUGAAUGGCACCACACACUUGGACAGCGUUAUACAAUACUCUUGCACAACCACUUAUCGCCUAGUGGGUCCCGUGAGGAGAGUGUGCACGGAGGACCAUCAAUGGAGUGACUCGUCCCCAAGAUGCGAAGAUUAUAAAUUUACAGAAAUAAGAUGUCAGGAACCAAUAGUUGCUGAAAACAGCAUAGUCUCGGUAACCGGCAACGACCGCAUGCACGGCCGCACUCUCAUACGUACGUCUGUUAAUACCAACAAUGGAAACACGUACCGUAUUGGAGCGCUAGUGAAGUAUCGCUGCGAGCGCGGGUACAAGGUGGUGGGCGAGAGUAUCUCCACCUGCGAGGACAAUGGUCAGUGGAGCGGGGUCACACCGAAAUGCCAAUACGUGGAUUGCGGCAAUCCCGGGUGGAUACAAAAUGGUAAAGUGACUCUAGCAACGAAUGCUACGUAUUACGGAGCCGCUGCUCUUUACGAAUGCGACGAGCAUUGGCAACUCGACGGGGUCUCUCGAAGACUGUGUCAGGAUAACGGGACAUGGAGCUCAGAAGCUCCUGUUUGCAAAGAGAUAACUUGCACAGAUCCUUCAAUCCAAAUAAAGGGAAGCGUAGGCUUGAUUGUAGUCACUUCAACUCUCAGUAUUGGAGGGGAAGCCCACUACCGCUGCGAGAGAGGAUAUAGUUUAAAAGGAAAUCAAACAAGAACUUGUUUACCAAAAGGCAUAUGGUUUGGUACUCCACCUGUUUGCAUACCAAUCGAUUGUAAGUCGCCAGGCACAAUUGACAACGGGCGUAUUAUUAUAUCAAACAGUUCCACGCUUUUUGGUAGCUCGAUUGAGUACCAUUGUCUACCGCAAUAUCAGCGUGUCGGGCCCUUCCUGCGGAAAUGCUUAGAUGAUGGAAAAUGGAGUGGCGAAGAUCCUAGGUGUGAAUUAGCCACAAAUGAAGCAGCUGAAAGCGGCGCAUUGCCAUUAAGCGUCGGGGUCGGCUGUGGUGUUGUAUUAUUCUUAUUGAUGUUAUUAGGAGUCAUAUAUUUGAGAUUACGAAAAGCUACACCUGUUAAAAACACAGAAAACAUAGAAGGGGCUGAGCGAAAGGAAGACCAAAGCGCGGCUGUGAUGAGUUACGCGACUCUUCACGAUACCAAUGGCAGACACAUCUACGAUCAUGUAACUGACAAUUUAUACGACUCACCGUACAGUGAAAGCUUAGCGGAAAAUGCUGCAUACGGUAGACGCAGUGACACUGAUUCCGCCUACGAACCGGAACCGACGGGGCCGAGUGCAGUGGUGACCAUUAACGGAGUCGCAGUUCGU